AUGUAUGUGUCUCUGCCCUUCACUUUGGGCUUCGAAUCUAACUAUAAAGCAGUGAGCGGAACAGGCUCGUAUGCGUGUCAACUCGCCAAGAACGUCUUCAAGGCCGGAAAGGUUAUCACGACCGUUUCCACAGCCAAAGUCCCUAAAGUGCCGGAAUUGUUAGGAGAGAAAGUCGUUGAUGAGAUCAUCGACUAUAGAAAGUCGAAUCCCCUCACGGCCAUCCCUCCCAAGUCAGUAGACUUCAUCUUCGACACAGUGGGCCAGGCAAUGGAAUUCCUUCCCUUGAUGCGACCAAAUGGCUACAUCAUCUCUAUCGCCACCCUUCCGUCUGGCAACGACAUGCAGAACUGGGAUAUACUGUGUCUGCCACACAAGCCCACCGUGCCGAUUUAUGUUCGCAUUCCAUUGAACUUGUUGGACGCGUACCGGAGACGGAAAGCGCGGCGCUAUGGUGUUCAGUAUGAGUAUUUGCUGUUGGAGCCAAAUGGCAAGGAUCUCGACUUUUUGACGGAGUGUGUCGAGGAUGGCGGGUUGAGGCCUGUUGUGGGAAACGUGGUCAAGUUUGAUGAUAUCGACGCGGUAAGGAAGGCUUGUCAAGUUGUGUAUGAUGGGCGAGGUGGUAUUGGAAAGGCAGUUAUCUCGAUGGGAGGGGUUAAUGCUUGA